UCGGCAGUCGGGUCCUCGUGUCAGUGCACAGUCUGUGUGUGGUACAGCGCGCGGCAGAGGAACUGGGUACCCAACUGCAGGCUGGCGGUGCGUUUCACAACGGCCGACAUUUUAAACAAGAAAAAAAAAAUAACCGCUUGAGUCGCAAAAUAAUAAUCCCUGGACUUACUGGAAGAGUUUCGAGCUGCUACUGGAUCUAACAGAGGCUUUCUUUGAAGUUGUCUGCGGUCAAAAACUCGUCCCAGUCGAGGGGUUUCCAGCGUCCGAGCGGACUGAGCGACGCUCUCAGUCUCGGGAAUCACCGGGGCUUUUAAAGGACUUUCAAGGGGGCAAAGAAGAGCAAAGAAGUGUAUGAAAAACAGAAACGACGACGGACAAUUGUCCGCCCUCUUAUCAAAUCUGCGGUGAACGUUACAGAUUACCGGAUAUUAAGCUUCGUGUGGAUAAUAUUUUUUCAUAUAUAUUCUUCUUACCUGUGCAGAGGAGAGGAGGAGAGGAAUCAGUCGAGACAAAGGUAAAAAAAGAAAAGAAAAAAAAGAGGGGGGUUACAUGAAGAGAGCCGCUAACAAGACGGGUGGUAGUAGUGGUGGCGGUGGCUUUAUGGCAGCCGACUUUGAAAGCAGCAGCUCCUUGUUUUCUGAUCUUCCAGGACCACCAAAAACAACAGUUGCGUGUUUUCUUUACCCUCUAGUGGAAGACGACUCGUUAGAUUUACGAGGAAAACCCCCUCAAAAAAGCGCAUCGUGUCGUUGCGGGUGUGAUCAAAAGUCUAAACUUUGGGAUUUAUUUGAUCCGUGGCAUCAAACGCAUUUUGCUGCCACUCUUGGUUUUUUCUUUUCCCUUUCUUUUCUUUUGCACAUCUAGACGACAGAUUUAUGUUUUGUGGUUCACACGUUCAGAGAAUUAGUGGGUAAAAAAACCCAAAACUACUUUAUUCUGCAUUUUGCACAAGGUGUAUCGGAGAGUUCGUAAAGCUCUGCGUUCGUGUUGCUUUCAGGCGCUGUGAACGUGAUCCAGCUGUUUUCUGUUUGUUUAGGUACAAAAGAAAGGAGCUGAUCCAUCCGCUGGGCUGGCUCUGAGUGUGCGCCUCGCAGCCGAGAACGAGGCUUUGUCCGCCGCCAUCCUGCGCAUAUCGGGGAGGGGGUGGCGGGGAUUUACCGCACCUUCGCUGGGAUUACGGAAAGAAAGCACGAGAAAAACAACACACCGACUCCCGUGUGGAAAAAAGACUCGACAUGUAUCCACAAGGCCGGCAUCCGGCUCCUCACCAGCCAGGGCAGCCUGGCUUCAAGUUCACAGUAGCAGAGUCCUGCGAUAGGAUCAAAGAUGAAUUUCAGUUCCUGCAGGCCCAGUACCACAGCCUUAAAGUAGAAUAUGACAAACUGGCCAACGAAAAGACGGAGAUGCAGCGUCACUACGUCAUGUACUAUGAGAUGUCCUACGGGCUUAACAUUGAGAUGCACAAACAGACUGAGAUUGCCAAGCGCCUCAAUGCAAUUCUGGCUCAGAUCAUGCCAUUCUUGUCACAAGAGCAUCAACAGCAGGUGGCUCAGGCUGUUGAACGGGCCAAGCAGGUGACAAUGACUGAGCUGAAUGCUAUCAUCGGGGUACGUGGACUUCCCAAUCUGCCUCUGACUCACCUGCACCCGCCUCGUGGCGUCUACCCAGCCUUCACGCAGCAGCAGCUUCAGGCUCAGCACCUCUCUCACGCUGCCCACGGUCCCCCGGUCCAACUGCCCCCUCACCCUUCAGGCCUGCAGCCGCCCGGCAUCCCCCCCGUGACGGGCGCUGGCUCCGGCCUGCUGGCUCUAGGCGCUCUUGGCAGCCAAGCCCACCUGCCUGUGAAGGAUGAGAAGAACCACCACGACCUGGAGCACCGAGGCCCCUCAUCUUUUCACUCGCCCCUGGCCAUUCCUCUGAAAGAACGCGAGUCGAGCACGAAUAACUCAGUUUCGCCAUCAGACAGCCUGCGGGCAGCAAGCGAGAAGCACCGCAGCUCAUCAGACUAUGGUCUCGAGUCCAAGAAACGCAAAGUGGACGACAAAGACAGCAUGAGCAGAUAUGACAGUGAUGGAGACAAAAGUGAUGACUUGGUGGUGGAUGUAUCCAAUGAGGAUCCGGCCACCCCUCGAGUUAGCCCCGCUCACUCCCCUCCUGAAAACGGGCUGGAUAAAUCACGAGUCCUGAAGAAAGAUGCUGCCCCCAACAGCCCCGCCUCUGUCGCCUCUUCAGGCAGCACGCCGUCCUCUAAAGCUAAGGACCACGCCCAUAAUGACAAGUCAUCUACGCCAAGCUUGAAGUCAAACACGCCUACACCGAGGAACGAGGCGCCGACACCUGGAACAAGCACCACUCCAGGACUGCGGCCUCUAACUAUGGGCAAACCGUCCGGCAUGAUGGAGGCAUUGGCCGCACCAGCCCUGCGUACCCCCCUGUCCAUCGCCGGUUCUUAUGCUACUCCCUUUGCCAUGAUGGGUCAUCACGAGAUGAACGGAUCCCUGACGAGUCCUGGCGUGUAUCCGGGUCUCAUUUCCCCACAGAUGAGUGCUGCAGCCGCCGCCGCCUACGGACGCUCGCCAAUUGCGGGCUUCGACCCACAUCCUCACAUGAGAGCCUCUGGGCUGCCAGCCAGCCUCACUUCCAUUUCUGGAGGAAAACCAGCCUAUUCUUUUCACGUAAGUGCAGAUGGUCAGAUGCAGCCCGUGCCCUUCCCUCCAGAUGCACUGAUAGGACCAGGCAUCCCACGGCACGCUCGCCAGAUCAACACACUCAGCCACGGGGAAGUGGUGUGCGCCGUCACCAUCAGCAAUCCCACACGUCACGUCUACACCGGCGGCAAGGGUUGUGUCAAGAUCUGGGACAUCAGCCAGCCUGGCAGCAAGAGCCCAGUGUCCCAACUCGACUGCCUGAACAGAGACAAUUACAUCCGCUCGUGCAAGCUGUUGCCUGAUGGCCGCACCCUAAUAGUGGGUGGCGAGGCCAGCACACUGACCAUCUGGGACCUGGCCUCACAGACGCCCCGCAUAAAGGCUGAGCUCACUUCCUCUGCCCCAGCUUGCUACGCACUGGCUAUCAGCCCUGACGCCAAGGUCUGCUUUUCCUGCUGCUCCGAUGGAAACAUCGCUGUGUGGGACCUCCAUAACCAGACCCUGGUCAGGCAGUUCCAGGGCCACACGGAUGGAGCCAGCUGUAUCGACAUCUCCCACGACGGGACCAAACUGUGGACCGGAGGACUCGAUAACACGGUCCGCUCCUGGGAUUUGAGGGAAGGACGACAGCUCCAGCAGCAUGACUUUACCUCACAGAUCUUCUCAUUGGGCUACUGUCCCACUGGGGAAUGGCUGGCUGUGGGUAUGGAGAGCAGCAAUGUGGAGGUGCUCCACCACACCAAGCCUGACAAGUACCAGCUGCACCUGCACGAAAGCUGCGUUCUUUCACUCAAGUUCGCCUACUGUGGUAAAUGGUUUGUGAGCACAGGGAAGGACAACCUGCUGAAUGCAUGGAGGACUCCUUAUGGUGCCAGCAUAUUCCAGUCGAAGGAGUCUUCCUCCGUCCUGAGCUGCGACAUCUCAGCAGAUGACAAAUACAUCGUGACAGGAUCCGGUGACAAGAAGGCCACCGUCUACGAGGUCAUCUACUAGAGAGAAAGAGGCUCGCUCUGCUUCAGCACUUCUACUGAGAUUAAAGUUUUCUCCCUGACCAACCGUCUGCGGGCUGCAGAUUUCUCAAAGUGUACUCGUGGAAAUCAGAGGCGCUGUCGGCCUGAGGAUGCUUGUACUGGAAAGAAAUGAACUUUUUUUUUCUUUUUUCGUCCUUUUGUCUUUGGGUUUAUUUUUGGGUUGCACUUUUUUUUUUUUUCUUCUUUUUUUUUCUUUCCUCAAGAAUAUUUGGAUGUAACCUGGUGAAGCAGCGCUUCAUUGUGAGAAACUCCUUCCCCAGACAUCUUGUGCAAAGUGUACAUAUUGGAAUAAAUAAGACAUUUUAUAUAUAUUAUAAAAAUAUAUAUAUUUUCAUGUCCUGGGUGUACUUGUGGUGAUUUUUUUUUCUCCCCCUCCCACUCUGUUUGAUAUUUGAGUGGGACAUGAGAACUUUUUAACAGUUUUGCGCUUUGUUUUUCUUAAAGCACAUUCUGCAGGCUGAUCUUUUUUUGGAAAUCAGAGGAGCACCAAACUUGUAGAUUUUUUUUUUUUUUUUAAAAAUGGCCUUUUUGUCACAGUGCUCUUACCGGACAAAAAAAUCACGGUUUCUGUGUGAGAUGGAGCUUCGGCUGCUUUGGACUACUGUGGGAUCGAACGGUGCACUAUGAUUCGUGAAAAGACAUGGAUGUAAAUUUCAUUCAUAUAUAUAUAGAAAUUCUUUUUAAAGUGUACUAAGUGUACUGCUCUGUCUGUGCUAUCUCUCCCCUGUUUGUUUUACCUUGUUAGUUUAAGGGAGAUGGGGAAACAUUUAAGCUUAGCCUAACCCUUGGACCUCAGUUGGCAGCAGAAGCACAGCGACAGGCACAAACUGAAUGACAAUGUGCUUUUUGCUAACUUGACGUAAUGUGGAUGUUGAAUUGCUCCAUUGAUUUCCUGGCUACAGACCAAACUCAAACAGUCCAAUCUGUGCUAUUGGAAUUACUCUGCCCUUUGUAUCUUAUCAAUAUUCCUGGAACGUGUUUGUUUGGCUGUGACGGGGAGACAGGCAGACAUUUGACCCGACUGACUGCGCAGAUCGGUCCGUCUCUACAGACGUGCUCGAUGCCUGUAGAUGCUUGUUAAUAAUAAAAAGAAGAAGAAUGAGGAGGUGGUAAUGGCACUUAAAUAUAAACAACAGAAAAACUCAAGUUAGUGAAUCAAGGUGGUGUAAAAUCCAAACUGUGCUCCUGGUUCUUGUCAGCAUUUCCCACAAGAAAGUAUGAAUGGGGUGAAAUGCACCAGUCCCCUCUGAGUAACACCAAAGUAUGUAGCAAAUGCUGUCGGCACUGAAAAGAAAUGUACAGUUGUUAAUAAAAUCAAUAAAACUGUUUUUCUAGA